AUGGGCAGCAGCUCGCUGUCCGAGGACUACCGCCUGUGCCUGGAGCGUGAGCUGCGGCGUGGCCGCGCGGGCGUGUGUGGGGACCCAUCGCUGCGCGCGGUGCUGUGGCAGAUCCUGGUGGAAGACUUCGACCUGCACGGGGCGCUGCAGGACGACGCGCUGGCGCUGCUCACCGACGGCCUGUGGGGCCGCGCCGACCUGGCCCCCGCGCUGCGCGGCCUGGCCCGCGCCUUCGAGUUGCUGGAGCUGGCGGCUGUGCACCUGUACCUGCUGCCCUGGAGGAAGGAGUUCUCCACCAUCAAGACCUUUUCAGGGGGCUAUGUGCACGUGCUGAAGGGCGCCCUCUCGGAGGACCUCCUCCUCCAGAGCUUCCAGAAGAUGGGUUACGUGCCCAGGGACAACCACCGCCUCAUGAUGGCUGCCCCACCACCCGCCUGCCAACUGGUGCAAGUGGCCCUGGGCUGCUUCGCUCUCCGGCUGGAGUGUGAGAUCCUGGGCGAGGUGCUGGCGCAGCUGGGCACCAGCGUGCUGCCAGCCGAGGAGCUGCUGCAGGCUCGGCGGGCCAGCGCAGACGUGGCCUCCUGCGUGGCCUGGCUGCAGCAGCGGCUGGCCCGGGAAGAGGAGCCGCCGCCUCUGCCCCCCCGGGGCUCCCCGACGGUCUACCAGACCCCGCUGGACCUCUACCGGGAUCUGCAGGAGGACGAGGGCUCAGAGGAGGCCAGCCUGUACGGUGGGCCCUCACCAGGCCCCGACUCCCCACCCCCAGAGCUGGCCUGCCGACCGCUGCUCUGGGAACAGAGCGCCAAACUGUGGGGGGCCAGGGGCGCGGCCUGGGAGCCCCUAGAGGAGGCUGAGGUGCUGCCCCAGGCCAGCAGCCCACCCUAUGGGGCCCUGGAGGAGGAGCAGGAGCGUGAGCCCGCGGCCUUCUCCUUCCUGACCCUGCGGAGAGAGCUGCUGAGUCAGCCUGGAGACGGGGCUGCCCCCAGAGCCCCAGGGAGCCCUGGGCAGGCCGGCCCCCAGCCCCCCGGCUACCAGGCACACAGCUGCCUAGCUCCUGGGGCCUUGCCCGCCCUCUGCUGUGAUACCUGUCACCAGCUGCACGCGCCCCACUGUGCCGCCCUGCCCACCUGCCGAGCUGGCCACGCGCUUCGCCCGCUGCUCAGCGAGGGCCAGCGGCGCCUGUGGCUGCAGCGUGCACAGCUGGAUACCCUGCUCUAUGACGGACCCGGGGCCCAGCCUUAG